UUCCCCCUAACACCCAACAAACGGAGUAUCAACAGACUCUAUUUCUUCUAUAAAUCAUGGCCCUCACAAAUAAAUAGGUCUGUUUGAUGAGUUGGGUAGUCUGAGCAAGAAAAGACCUUUUUUUACAGGUUUAUCUUCUUCCCCCUAGCUCACUCCCUCUCUCUCUCACACACUCACACACACAAAUGGCCGGCCGACCCAUGAUAAGUGAUAGAACAAUGUUGCUCCGGCGAACCUGCAUUCUGCUUCUCUCACUUUUCAGUUCAUUACUUCAAACCGCCGCCGUGGAAAUGGCGGCGCCGCCCUUCAAUCUCACACUACCCGGCCAACACCCAGACCCUGAAUCCGUUGUUCAAGAUCUACAGAGAAGAGUGAACGUUUCGAUGUCGAUUAUGUCUAAAAGAAGGCGACUUUUAACAGACCGAUCGAGUUCAUGCACAACGGGUAACCCGAUAGACGAUUGUUGGCGGUGCGACCCACAUUGGCAACUAAACCGCCAGCGAUUAGCUGAUUGUUCAAUCGGGUUCGGUCAAUACGCACUAGGUGGUAAAGGUGGCCGUUACUACAUAGUAACUGACUCAUCUGACCACGACCCGGUUAACCCGAGACCAGGAACACUCCGGUACGCCGUGAUCCAGGAUGAACCUCUUUGGAUCGUUUUUUCGUCGAACAUGGCGAUCCAAUUAAAGGAAGAGUUGAUAUUUAACAGUUAUAAGACGGUUGAUGGAAGAGGGGUCGAUGUUCAUAUUACUGGCGGCGGUUGUAUAACGUUGCAAUAUAUUAGUAAUGUGAUUAUUCAUAAUAUUCAUAUUCAUCAUUGUUAUCAAUCGGGCGAAACUAAUAUAAGAUCCAGUCCGACACAUUUUGGGUGGCGAACGUUAUCCGACGGAGAUGGGAUAUCAAUAUUUGGAUCUCGAGAUAUAUGGAUAGACCAUUGUUCCCUGUCACAUUGUAAAGAUGGUCUAAUAGACGUGGUAAUGGGAUCGACGGCCAUAACAAUUUCCAACAAUUUCUUUUCUCACCAUAACGAAGUGAUGUUAUUGGGUCACAGCGACAAUUACCUGCCCGACUCCGGCAUGCAAGUGACAAUCUCCUUCAACCAUUUCGGCCGGAAUCUUAUUCAGCGUAUGCCUAGAUGUCGUCGCGGUUAUAUUCACGUAGUUAAUAAUGAUUUCACCCGUUGGGAAAUGUAUGCCAUCGGCGGUUCGGGCAAUCCCACCAUUAAUAGCCAGGGAAAUCGAUACAUUGCUCCUUCUAAUCCUUAUGCAAAGGAGGUAACAAAAAGAGUGGAAACAGCUGAGCAGAAUUGGAGGGAUUGGAAUUGGCGGAGUGAAGGAGAUAUAUUGGUUAAUGGAGCUUACUUUGUCGCAUCGGGUCAAGAAGUUGAAGUCAAGUACGAGAAGGCCUAUAGUGUUGAGCCAAAAUCGGCUUCGUUCAUCGAUCAACUAACCUUGAACGCAGGCGUCCUUGGCCACAGAACUAACAAGCUAGGGAGAUGGACUUCCGAUGGAAACAUAACAAGUGAAGAUGGUGGGGUGAUAUUAGUAUCAUCGGAAGAUGAAGAAGAUAGUGACAUAUUCGGCAGCCAUGCUUCGCCACGAGACAAUUGUUCGGUUAUGUUGUAUUGUCUUGUUGCUUUGUCUCUAUACAAAACGCUGUCAUAUCUAAGUUGAUGUUGUAGUAGCAAGAAGGGCUUUGGCGGAGAAGCAAAUUAACCCUAUGCCCUGUUUUUUUUUAUCUUGUUCUUGAGUCUGUAAUUUGUGAUAAACUUUGCAAAAUUACACUUUUGUUAAUGUGCUAAUUGGGCUUAAUUUGAA